GCACUUGCCGUAAUUUUAAUACGUCAAGGUCGUCACCUACUUCUAUCAUACCGUACCCAUCAGUUGCAUAUUAACGCAACUUCUUCUCCCCUUCAGCCAGAAUUUAUCCAUCCUUCCCACCUUCAACAUCUUCCACCAUCCAACUCCUCUAACUCCCAAACCCAUCCACUACUUUUCUUCCAUUUCACUCUCACUAUACCAUCUAAUUCUUUUGUUGCAAUCGAGGCAUCUAUGCCAUUUGUCAACUUCUAUUUUGGGCACUUAGUGGUUCAAUUUAAAACAGAUUCUCUUUCUGCCGGCGACAUUCUUUGCUUCUGUACUGAUUAGGACAGAAGCUAUGUCUGCUAUUCCGGUUCUUUCGACUGGGUCUCCGAACCCUCGUCGCACACCUGCUUCCAACAAGCCUUUGAAGGAGGAAAACAUCAAGGUUGGCAAAGAGGAUACCUCUACUGCCAAUGUAAGUGAUGUCCUUACACGUCUCCUUCGAUAUGUGAGUGAUUAUUAUGGUUUGGUUAACAUACCUAUCCUUUGUAAUUGUGUUCAUCCAUCGGUCUUGUCCAUAUUAUACCUUGCUUAUCGGAUAGGUUACUCUUCUUAUCUCUGGCUCGGUAUUGUUCGGAUGACGCAGCCGAAACUAAUGGUUGUCUACAACAGGAACCGGAUGUCCCUAUGUCUCAGAAGAAGUCAGUUUCUGCUCUCUCGACCUCUUCCUUAGCCAACCAGAGCUAUCCUAAGAAGAUGAAGCUUAGUCACGACUCAUCAUCAGGUCCUUCUAGCUCUCCUGAUCCAAACCCAAUGGACCACCUACUGGAGAAACUCUCCCAACAGCAAACUGCACUCCACAAACAGGGAGAUGCUUUGAAGACCUCUGAAGGGAACUAUGUGUACCCUCCUGCCUUGGACCAUACGCCCUCAAGCAAUUCGGUACCAAUUACACCAGCGAACGAGAACUUCGGCAGCGCAGGCCCGACCACUCGACCGGCCAGUGCGGCUUUGAAUGAUGGGAGCCCCAGCAACGAAGAGGUCCUUCGCUUGAAGCUGCAACUUACCCAGGCUCAAAACAAAAUCACUCGACUCGACCAUGAGCUUGCUCAGAGUCGCCACACUCGACCCGGACUGGCAGAACACGCCAUGGGUGGCUCUCCGCUAGAUGUAGAUUUCCCUUCUGGAUUUCAGGUUCCUCCUAACCCAUCGCGAGUCCCGGGUCCUACGACCCUUGGUGUUGGCACUCAGCAGGUAAUUGGCAGGGAAGGUGGUAAUUCCUGGUCCACUUUUGAUGACUCUCGGUCGGACACCAGUGAUGCCUUAUCAGCUACAGGCUUUAACCGCUCUCGUAACAUCUGGGGGCCAAGCAAGAGUGCUCAAGGCUCUUUCCAGGGCGGUUUCCCAGGUCCUGAUUUACGCCAGAGCAGCCAAUGGAGUGGACGUGGUGCCAGUCAGGGGUACAUGGAUCAAAGCCUGACUUAUGAGCCCGUGGCUCCUGGUGGUUAUCGUGGAGAUCGCCUGACGCCGGAUUAUGACAUGACGAUUCGUCCCGUUGGCAACCGACGGAACAAUCGAGUUGAUAAUCGCCUUACAAUGCCUGCUUUUAGUGCACAGCCAGGAUUUGGAGGUGGUUACAACUACGGUAAUGGUCAGUACGGAUCUGAUCAUGGCAUAUCUGGACCGACCCCGGCUCCGACUGGUUCGGGAAUUUACCCUACUUAUCAGCCUACCGCUGUCGGUACACCGCUUUCGCCUCUGGCGAGUGAGUUCACGUCAGUUACGGGUAGUGCACCUUGGAAGUCGGAGCCCGGAACUUCUGAAGGCCAGACCUAUUUACCUACCACGGAACCUCUGAACUACCGCCGCUUACUUGAUCGCAAUGUCAACUGCAAUUGGAAGUACAUCGUUGACAAGAUUGUCUGCAACAAUGACCAGCAAGCGUCGAUUUUCUUGCAGCAGAAACUCAAGGUCGGAACGCCAGACCAGAAAUAUGAGAUAGUAGAAGCAAUUGUUGCCCAGGCUUACCCACUGAUGGUUAAUCGCUUUGGCAACUUCUUGGUACAACGAUGCUUCGAGCAUGGAACCCCAGAGCAGGUGGUCAAGAUCGCCGAGGCCAUUAGAGGAUGCACACUCAACCUCUCAAUGGACCCAUUCGGCUGCCAUGUAGUCCAGAAAGCGUUUGAUUCCGUCCCGGAAGAUUACAAAGCUAUCAUGGUCCACGAAUUACUCCGACGCAUCCCGGAGACCGUUAUCCAUCGAUAUGCAUGCCACGUCUGGCAGAAGCUCUUCGAGUUGAGAUGGACCGAGUCCCCGCCUCAAAUCAUGAAGUACGUGAACGAUGCGCUCCACGGCAUGUGGCACGAGGUUGCUCUUGGAGAGACGGGAAGCUUGGUUGUCCAGAAUAUCUUCGAGAAUUGCCUCGAAGAGGACAAGCGUCCUUGUAUUGAGGAGGUCCUUGCCAACAUCGAUAUCGUUGCUCAUGGCCAGUUUGGAAACUGGUGCAUCCAGCACAUCUGUGAGCAUGGCGCGCCAGCUGACCGAAGCAGAGCAAUCGACCACGUCAUUCGCUACGCAGCAGAGUACAGCAUGGACCAGUAUGCUUCCAAAGUAGUUGAGAAGUGCCUGAAGAUCGGCGGAGCUGAGUUCCUGGCACGAUACCUUGACCGAGUCUGCGAAGGCCGUGUAGACCGUCCCCGAAUCCCUUUGAUUGAUAUUGCUAGCGACCAGUAUGGCAACUAUCUCAUUCAGUGGAUAUUGACCCAUGCUUCCCCUCAACACCGCGAGAUUGUUGCCGCGCAUAUUAGAAAGCAUAUGGUGUCUCUCCGUGGAUCCAAAUUUGGAUCUCGUGUCGGAAUGCUCUGCACUAACCCGGCUGUGGCCACUCGACCGGGACCUGGUGUUAGUACUGGCUUAGGACGCAUGCCCACGGGUCCUCGAUACAAUGGCCGUGCUUACCAAUAAUGGCAUGGUACUUGCUCGACUGGUUUCAUGACGGAUUUGCGUUUGAUUCAAUUGAUGAAUGGCCUCGUAUCUUUCGCCUCAAAAA